AUCCUCAACGAAAGAGACAAAUUUCAGAAUGAAUUGGCUCGUGUUCUUCAACAGAAAGAGAAGCUCGAAAGUCUUUGUCGCGAACUCCAGAAACAGAAUCAUCAAAUAAAGGAAGAGAGUAUGCAAAUGGCCGAGUCGGAAGAUAAGCAGCGGAAAGCUGUAGCCGAUCGCUUCCAAGCCAGCAUCGUCGACAUUCAAAAACAACUUGGCGAGUACUUAAACAAGAACAAGGAGCUACGUGAAGAGAACCAACAGCUGGCUGAAAGAUUGCAGAAUUUCAUCAAGGACCAUGAAAGCCGAGAAGGGCACGUUCAGAAGGUAGGAAAUUCCCUUGCUGUGAAUUUCGUGGUCCCAUUAAAAAAUUCAAAAGAUAAAUUGAUGAGUAAAUGGUUGUUUUCGAUAAAUUUCCUUCAGGCCUAG